AUGUCUCUCCUCACCAAUAGAAAAAGACCCCGUGGAUUCAGUGAGUCUUUUGAUCUGUCCCGCAAACCUGCAACAAACGAAGGCAUUCAUAAUGCUUCUAAUCAGCUGGUAAAAGCUUUCGAAAACCUUUCAUCCCUGUCAAGCUCAACCUUCAACGAGUCCCCAAACUUGAAUCUCAACAUGAAUCUUUCAACUAGUCAUGACAACUGUGGUCCCUAUGAUAAGAAUCUGUAUCUUGCUGGCGAUGAUAAUGGAAACGCUAUCUUAGAGGAACAAGAAGAUGAUUAUUAUGACGAAAAUGGAGAUAUAUUUGAUAAUGAUGUCAUUUUCGUGGAAGAAAGAAGACUAAAAAAUCCUCAACGCAUGAGGACUUACCGAAAUAAUUCUGAUCUGGCAGUCUUUUUAGAAAGAGACGUCUUGGAAGCUUACAAUAUGUUUAAUGUGAACAAUCUGCCUCCAACCCUGUCAUUUGAAAUCCAUCAUAACAUGGGUGCUAAAAAGCAGAGAACUAGCUCGCUACCCCAAUUGCCACAAGUCAAAUGCUUUUAUCAAAAACUCCCAAACAAUUAUGUGCAUCAGCAACCCAAAGUUGGAAACAUAAAAACUCAUGUUAUCCCUCAUAAGUUGAAUAUGCCGCCUUGCGAUGAUGAAGAUGGGCACUACAUCAUAAGAAUUAAUGAUGUUUUUGCCAAUCGCUUUGUCAUUCAGAAGUUGUUGGGUCAAGGGACAUUCGGCAAAGUUGUCGCUUGUUAUGACAAACUUAAUCGUGAAACAGUUGCAAUCAAGAUCAUCAGAAACAUACCCAAGUACAGAGAUGCAGCUAAGAUAGAGCUUAGAGUUUUGACAACUUUAAAGCAAUUCGAUAAUGAAAAUAGAAAUCACUGCAUACAUUUGAGGGAAUGUUUUGACUUUAGGGGCCAUAUAUGUAUUGUCACGGACUUGUUGAAGAUUUCUUUGUACGAUUUUAUGGAAAACAACAAGUUCAUCCCCUACCCUGGAUCUCAUAUUCAAGCAAUCUCAAAGCAGUUGAUCCGGUCAGUGACGUAUUUCCAUGAGCUAAACCUCAUACAUACGGAUCUCAAGCCGGAAAACAUUUUGUUGCAUGAUGAUUCCUACCAAAGGAAACCCCUUCAGAGCAACACCAUAAUCACAAGCUACCUCAAUUUGAGUAGUGUGGAGCCGAGAAAGAAGCAAAAGGUGCCAAAGUACGUCAGAGUCUUGAAUAACCCUUUAAUUCAGAUCAUUGACUUCGGUUCAGCAAUAUUUGACGAUGAAUACCACUCAUCUAUAGUAUCAACGAGACACUAUAGAGCUCCCGAAAUCGUGUUAGGGGUAGGCUGGUCUUUUCCUUGCGAUAUGUGGUCCAUCGGGUGUAUUUUGGUGGAGCUUGUGAUAGGUGAGCCGAUCUUUAGAACUCACGAUAAUUUAGAGCAUCUAGCCAUGAUUGAGAAAAUUGUUGGCUCGAAAAUUGACAAGGAGAUGGUUCGUUUCUCAAAGCAGAUGGAUAAUGAGUGUGGUUUAAAAUAUUUCACCAACGAUUACAGAAGACCAAACUCAGAAGGAAGUGAUUUUGAAGAUGAUGAUUUGGAUGACGAUGUUAUCAUUGAUGAUGAGUCGACAGAAGAUAACUCGCUUACGCUCAUGUUUCCAACCCCUUCCACCCCUGAAAAGUUUAUCCGAAGUGUGGACCAGCUUUCGCGCAUUGAUCUAUUUAUUAGUGAGCGCAUAGGGCUAGUUAUUGACUUUGACUACUCGCUCAGCGAGAACUUCCAAAAUAACCAACACUUAAUCAACUUUGGAAAUUUUACUUUUUGGUGGUUUUUCAUUGAUUUACUACGCAAGCUUUUUGUGAUAAACCCAAGGGAGCGAAUCACAGCGCUAGAGGCGCUUGAGCAUCCAUGGUUCAACUUAGGUAUUGAGGACGAAGGUACGUUAUGA